CACUUCACAGGGGAGUGGGGUGGAGGCGCGCGGAGGAGAGAGGGAGGAGAGAAGCAGGAGCGACGAGAGGAGCAGGAGGAACUUUUUCUUCCUCUGGCUUUUGGAGAGUUUAAUCUCAUUUACUCCACACAGGAAUCCCCGCAGCUGUUCGGAGCGGAGGUCGUUCUCUGAAGGAUGGAAACUGUUGCGCAAUAACUCCUGCCUCCCUCCACUGUUUCUGAGUGCAUCAUGAUUGUUGCGAUGGGCAGAUAACAGGAGGAGAAAAAGAAGAUGUCGUUCUUCGGUCUGGAUUGUGUCACAAAGACAGAGAGAGAGCUGGAGAGGAAACUGAGAGCAAACGACCGCGAGUACAACCGCUCCUUCAAAUACGCAAAAAAUGCCAUCAAGACCUCCAAGUACAACGUCUUCACCUUCCUUCCUCUCAACCUGUUUGAACAGUUUCAGAGGAUCGCCAACGCCUACUUUCUUGUUCUGCUGGUGCUUCAGGUGAUUCCUCAGAUCUCCUCCCUGUCCUGGUUCACCACCGUCGUGCCGCUCAUCUUCGUGCUGACCGUCACGGCGGCCAAGGAUGCCACUGACGACCUCAAUCGCCACAGGAGCGACAAACGAGUAAACAAUCGAAAGGUUCAAGUUCUUAUUGACAGAAAGCUGCGCAGCGAGAAAUGGAUGGACGUCCAGGUCGGAGACAUCAUCAAGCUGGAAAACAACCAGUUUGUCACCGCUGACCUCUUGCUGCUCUCCAGCAGCGAACCACUCAACCUUGUGUAUAUCGAAACAGCAGAACUGGACGGUGAGACGAACCUGAAGGUGAGACAGGCCCUGACAGUGACAGGAGACCUGGGAGAUGACGUUGAAAAACUGGCAGACUUUGACGGUGAGGUGCGCUGUGAGGCCCCCAACAACCGCCUCGACCGUUUCGCGGGAACACUGACCUUCGCCGGACAGAAAUAUGCUUUGGACAACGAGAAAAUCCUGCUGCGAGGCUGCACCCUGAGGAACACCGAGUGGUGCUUUGGGCUGGUGCUGUUCGCAGGUCAGGAAACAAAACUGAUGCAGAACUGUGGGAAGAGCACAUUCAAGAGAACCAGUGUAGACCGACUGAUGAACGUUUUAGUCCUCUGUAUCUUUGGUUUUCUCGUCUGCAUGUGCACGGUUCUGGCGAUAGGAAACUACAUCUGGGAGAUAAACAAAGGCUCCAACUUCACCGUCUUCCUGCCGAGGGAGGAUGGAAACACUGCUGGUUUCUCUUCUUUCCUCACCUUCUGGUCCUACGUCAUCAUCCUCAACACUGUGGUGCCCAUUUCUCUUUAUGUUAGCGUGGAGAUUAUUCGCCUGGGGAACAGCUUCUACAUCGACUGGGACAGGAAGAUGUACCAUUCUCACAGCGACACGCCCGCCGAGGCUCGGACCACCACGCUGAACGAGGAGCUGGGCCAGAUCAAAUACAUCUUUAGUGACAAAACAGGAACUUUGACCCAGAACAUCAUGAUCUUCAACAAGUGCUCCAUCAACGGCAGAUCUUACGGAGACGUGUACGACUACACAGGACAGAGACUUGAAAUCUCUGAGCAGAAAGACUCGGUGGACUUCUCUUUCAACCCACUGGCUGACCCCCGGUUUGUGUUCUACGACCACUCCCUGGUGGAGGCGGUGAAGCUGGAGAACCCAGAGGUCCACGCCUUCUUCAGGCUGCUGGCGCUCUGCCACACCGUCAUGGCCGGGGAGAAGAAAGAAGGUGAUGAUCAAGGUGAGCUUUACUACCAGGCCCAGUCACCAGAUGAGGGAGCUCUGGUGACAGCAGCCAGAAACUUCGGGUUCGUCUUCCGCUCGCGAACACCGGACAGCAUUUCCAUCGUGGAGAUGGGGAAGCAGCGCAGCUACGAACUCCUGGCAAUCCUGGAUUUUAACAACGUUCGCAAGAGGAUGUCUGUCAUCGUUCGGAAUCCGGAGGGGAAACUGUCUCUGUACUGUAAAGGUGCCGACACCAUCGUCUACGAGAGGCUUCACCAGUCCUGCAGCAAACUGAUGGACGUCACGACAGAGCACCUAAACGAAUUUGCAGGCGAGGGCCUCCGCACUCUCGCUCUGGCCUACAAGGAUUUGGACGAGGAGUAUUUCAACGGGUGGAAACAGCGCCACCAUGAGGCGAGCACCGAGCUGGACGACAGGGAGAGCAAACUGGACGCGCUGUACGAGGAGAUAGAGAAGGAUCUGCUGCUGCUGGGAGCCACGGCCAUAGAAGACAAGUUACAGGACGGAGUUCCUCAGACCAUCGAGCAGCUGUCCAAAGCUGACAUCAAAGUCUGGGUUCUGACCGGUGACAAGCAAGAAACAGCAGAAAACAUCGGUUACUCGUGCAACUUACUGCGCGAAGAGAUGAACGAGGUUUUUAUCGUCUCAGGAAGCUCUUCUGAUGAUGUCAGACAAGAACUCAGAAAUGCACAGACCUCCAUGAAACCAAGCGCAGCAGAGAACUCUGUGUUUUUACCUGAAGAGAAGGGUGAGGGAGUGAAACCGAUGAAAGAUGAGGUGGUUAAUGGAGAGUACGGCCUUGUUAUCAACGGACACAGUCUGGCGUUCGCUCUGGAGCGCAGCACGGAGCUGGACUUCCUCCGGACGGCCUGCAUGUGUAAAUCAGUGAUCUGCUGCAGGGUGACCCCUCUGCAGAAGGCUCAGGUGGUCGAACUGGUCAAGAAAUACAAGCAGGCGGUCACGUUGGCCAUAGGUGAUGGAGCGAAUGAUGUCAGCAUGAUCAAAGCGGCUCAUAUAGGCGUGGGCAUCUCGGGUCAAGAGGGCAUGCAGGCGGUCCUGUCCAGCGACUACUCCUUCGCCCAGUUCCACUUCCUGCAGCGCCUCCUGCUGGUGCACGGCCGCUGGUCCUACCUGCGCAUGUGCAAGUUCCUGCGCUACUUCUUCUACAAGAACUUCACCUUCACCUUCGUCCACUUCUGGUUCGCUUUCUUCUGUGGCUUCUCUGCACAGACGGUGUAUGACGAGUGGUUUAUCACCCUCUACAAUCUGAUGUACACUGCACUACCUGUUCUGGGAAUGAGCUUGUUUGAUCAGGAUGUGAACGACGUGUGGAGUUUCCAGCAUCCGCAGCUGUACGUUCCGGGUCAGCUGAAUCUUUACUUCAGCAAGAAGGCCUUCUUUAAAUGUGCCAUCCACAGCUGCUACAGCUCCCUGGUGCUCUUCUUCAUCCCCUACGCUGCUUUACAGGACACAGUGAGGGAUGAUGGGAAGGACGUGGCCAACUACCAGUCCUUCGCCCUGCUCACACAGACCAGUCUGCUGUUUGCAGUCAGCAUCCAGCUGGGCUUGGAGAUGUCUUACUGGACGGCGGUGAACACCUUCUUCGUUUUGGGCAGCUUGGUCAUGUAUUUUGUCGUCACGUUCACCAUGUACAGCGACGGCAUGUUCCUCCUCUUACCGUCAGCGUUUCCUUUCAUAGGAUCGGCUCGGAACUCGCUGAACCAGCCCAACGUUUGGCUGACCAUCGUCCUCACCUCCAUCCUGUGUGUCCUUCCUGUGGUGACGUACCGCUUCCUGUUGAUCCAGCUCUGCCCCACCAUUAAUGACAAGGUGAUGUUCAAAGUCAGGCAGGCCAAAGCGACUCUUCCCCCUCCGCCUCGCCGGACCCGGAUCCGCCGCAGCAGCACCCGCCGCUCGGGCUACGCCUUCUCGCACGCGCAGGGCUAUGGGGAGCUGGUGACCUCAGGUCGGUUCCUGCGGCGGCCCGCCAUAAGAUCCGCAGGCUUCCCCCAGGUGGGUCGGACCACCACGGGCUUCAGCCCCAUGGGCCGUUCGGCCGGUUACAGCCCGACGGGACGUCCCCAGAACUUAAAGGUCUCGGAUGUGGAGGUGACGUCGCUGCAGAUGUACAGGACGAUCACAGACCCGCCCCUCUCGCACACAUGAUGAUGGGAGUUUCCUGCUUCUACUUUAAAAAGACGCCUGCUCUUGGACUGAUCAGGAAGAUGUUUAAUCCUCUGAGUGCAGAACUUUUCAGAGACUCCAGCUCUGAAAGCAUCUCAGCUGCUCAGCCAGCAGCGCAGCUCCUUCUGUUACCAGAAACAGGAGGAGACACACUGAGCUUCCAGAUGGAACCAACCGGAGAAUUAAACUUAUUUAACGGGAGGAAAAAAUGACGAGGCGUCAUGUUUACAGACGAUACAACUGUUUAUUUUAUGCUGGGAAUCCAGAUGCAAAGCAUAUUGGGAAAUAUUUAACUUUUGUACUUUAAAUUACUUAUUUUUUUAAUUUUAAUUUUUUAUUUUUAAGUUUUAGUUUUUUUCCUGAAAUUUGUGUGGGCAGUGGAAACUGUAUCACCGACAAAAUGACAAAUCAGUCUUGAAAACAGCUUUUUGUUCUUAAACAACUGUUUUUUAACUAAAAUAGUUUAUUUACCCAUUAA